AUGCAGCCCGCGAUGAUGAUGUUCUCCAGUAAAUACUGGGCAAGAAGGGGGCUCUCCCUGGACUCGGCAGUGCCUGAUGAGCACUUGGUCAGCAAUUUAACUCUAAACAGAUCCACUUCUGGGAAAAAUGAUGAAAAGAAAGGAAAUAAAGGAAAUGGCAAAAGUGAAUCAAUUUCUGAGUGUGGAAAGACAGCCGUAGUGUUUUCCUUGAAAAACGAAGUUGGCGGAUUGAUAAAAGCUCUCAGACUUUUCCAGGAGAAGCAUGUGAGUAUGGUUCACAUUGAAUCAAGAAAAUCCAAGAGGAGGAACUCGGAGGUAGAGAUUUUUGUGGACUGUGACUGCAGUAAGAAAGAAUUUAAUGAACUCAUCCAGUUGCUAAAGUUUCAGACUAACAUCGUAUCUCUUAAUCCACCAGAAAGUAUCUGGACUGAUGAGGAAGAACUUGACAGCGUUCCUUGGUUCCCUAGGAAGAUCUCUGAAUUAGACAAAUGCUCGCAGAGAGUUUUGAUGUACGGCUCUGAGCUAGAUGCAGAUCACCCUGGAUUUAAGGACAAUGUCUAUCGACAGAGAAGAAAGUAUUUUGUGGAUGUUGCCAUGAGCCAUAAAUAUGGUCAGCCCAUUCCCAGGGUGGAGUACACAGCUGAAGAAAUUAAAACUUGGGGAGUUGUGUUCAGGGAACUAACUAAACUCUAUCCCACUCAUGCUUGCCGUGAAUAUUUAAAAAAUUUCCCUUUACUCACCAAAUACUGUGGUUAUAGAGAAGAUAAUGUGCCUCAGCUGGAAGAUGUUUCUAUUUUUCUUAAAGAAAGGUCUGGGUUUACAGUGAGACCAGUUGCCGGAUACCUGUCUCCCCGAGAUUUUUUAGCAGGAUUAGCCUACAGAGUUUUUCACUGUACUCAGUAUAUACGACAUGGCUCAGACCCUCUCUACACACCAGAACCAGAUACGUGCCAUGAACUCCUGGGGCAUGUGCCUUUACUUGCUGAUCCCAAGUUUGCCCAGUUUUCACAAGAGAUAGGACUAGCCUCACUUGGAGCAUCUGAUGAAGAUGUUCAGAAACUAGCAACUUGCUAUUUUUUUACCAUUGAAUUUGGUCUCUGCAAGCAAGAAGGACAACUGCGUGCUUAUGGAGCUGGACUUCUGUCUUCUAUUGGAGAAUUAAAGCAUGCUCUGUCUGACAAGGCCAGUGUGAAAGCAUUUGAUCCAAAAACAACUUGCUUGCAAGAAUGCCUUAUCACCACUUUUCAGGAAGCUUACUUUGUCUCAGAAAGUUUUGAAGAAGCCAAAGAAAAGAUGAGGGACUUUGCCAAAUCAAUCAAUCGACCCUUUUCUGUGUAUUUUAAUCCCUACACACAAAGCAUUGAGAUCCUGAAAGACACCAGGAGUAUAGAAAAUGUUGUCCAAGACCUUCGGAGUGAUCUGAACACAGUAUGUGAUGCUUUAAGCAAAAUGAACAGAUAUUUAGGGAUCUGAUAUCUGUGGCACCGUGGUGUUACUGUCAGCUGUUUCUUCUGUGGCUAUUCUAGCAACAUCUUGUGACACUUAACUUUUUAGAGCCAUCAAUUUUCCCUCUACAGCUUGGCCAGUGACUUUGCAUCAGUGUGUAGCUCUGUCUAAUUGUAACUUACAGACAAAACAAGACAAUGCUAAUUUGCAAACUCAGCAAGAAAUGUGAUGGCCUAUAACAAGCAAUUCUGUGACAUGCCAUAAAGAA